GAAGUGGUGUGUUCUUGAGAAAAAACAACACACACAGCAGACGGAGGAUUAUCGCACGUGCAAACAGAACAUGAUCAUAGCUGUCAUCUCGCGGCGUUUGUAUCCGUCAAUGGACUUAUCAACCUAAAGUUAAAUGUUCGUCUGUCUGUAAAGAAGUGAGUUCUCCAUCAGUCGUGUCAUGGACGUCGAUAAAAUUUCUGUCUUCACUGCUGUCGGCUUUGCACUCGCGGUCGGCGCUUUUGUACUCUGGGGUCCUUCACCCAAACCAAGACGAAAAGGCCAAGUUGAGGGCAUCAAGAAUUUGGGAUAUACAUGCUUUUUGAAUUCUCUUCUGCAAUCACUGGCAGCAUGUCCAGCAUUCAUAGAAUGGUUGCGUGGCAGACAGAGCCGAGUGAAACCAGAAUCUUUUACCAAUACUCUUAUGUCAGUGGUUGACAAGGUUAAUGGUUUUACGGAUGAUUUAUUUGGUAGCGUAAGGCCUGUAGAAGUAAUAACAUCAUUAGGUCCACUUUGGAAUUUUGCUCCUGGACAUCAAGAUGCUCAUGAACUCUUUCAUGUUUUUCUAAGUGCUCUUCAGGCUGAGCUACAAACUGCAGGCAGGAAGGGUGGCUUGUCUGAUGCAUUGCCAAAAACUCCAUUAGUAAUCACGGAUAUCAAAGGAUCAGGAGAUCCAGUAAAUUUGAGAAGCGUAUCUUGCAAUGAUAUUGCAUCAGUCAAUAAUGGAACUUGUGAAAUUCCUAAUGAAACAAACAAAAUUCUCAACAAUCACGUUAUGAAUUAUGCACAAUCUAUAACAAAUGUAUCAGUGUCAAUGACGUCAAUCAAGCCAGGCAUUAUUAUUGCUAGGUCUUCAGAAAUUAUUUCAAAGAUUAUUGAAGAUAAAAGUAUCAAUGAAAAAUCAACAAGACCAUGGACCUCGUUAUAUGCUAUUCCUUCUCAACCAAAUUCUCAUUCAUUAUCUUCACCAAAUAAAGUUCACCCUUUUUCUGGCCUACUGACAAGCCAGUUGAUAUGCACCGAAUGCGAAUGGAAGAGCCCUGUACAUUUUGAAAAACUGGAGAGUGUUUCUUUGCCCUUACCACCAACCAAUGAUGAUUUUACAUGGAAAAGACUUACACUUGUUGGCUUACUUUCUCGGCUGGUAUCGAGAGAAGUAGUUUCUGAUGUGCAAUGCGAUGGCUGCAAUAAUCGUUGUCCAGCUUAUAGAACAUUAACGUUUGGCAAACUACCAAAGUGCCUAUGUCUUCACAUUCCAAGGACAACGUGGAGCCCAUCUGGAAUUACAAUUAAGAGAGAUGACCCAGUUGUUUUUUACGAAUCAUUAAUAUUGGAUCCAUUCACUUAUACAGAAACAAAAAGAAAAAGCACGCAAGGCAAUUUACAAGCAAUGACGUUGUUGAAUCCAUCAAUACACCAGGGAAAACACAAAUACUAUCUCUAUGCUGUGAUUGAACAUCGAGGACCCGUAGAUGCAGGCCAUUUUGUAUGUUACAGACGGGGAAAUCGUCCUGGUCAAUGGCUAUAUACUUCUGACACAAUUGUUGAAAAAAUUACAUUAGAGGAGGUCCUAAAUGCUAGUCCGUAUCUUUUAUUCUACGAAAGAGCUGUUACGCAAAACCGACAUUAAACAAUACGUACUCUAAUUUUAAGCUUUAUAGAUAGAAUAACUUUUGUGUAUUGAUAUUAAUUACCGAUGAUCACAGCUUGAAUAUCACAUUAGUUUAGAUAAAACCAGCGAAUUCUUAAGUCUUUUAGAAACACUAAAGUCGUUAGUAAUUCUAAACAAAAAUAGAUAUAAGCCUAAAAUAAGACAUAAACAUAAUUAAUUAUAUAUACCUCUGAAAGAAUGAUGAAGCAUUUUUAGACAAACAAGUCCAUUUAUAUAUAUAUAUAUACAAUAUUUAAUGAGUUUUUAGUUAAUGGAUUUUUGAUCGUUAUACAUCAUUAAAAGAGUUAUCAAUUUUAUGAUUAUUUUACUUAACAAAUUAAUUAUGUAGAGUAUAAUUUUCGUAAUUAAUUAUUAUAAAUCUCUUUGUUACAUAAUGUUUAAAAUACGAGUUUUAUGAAAGUAAUCGUAUACUUAGUCAAAUAAUUUAAAAUUAUGAGCAGCCAUUGAAAUAAACAUUUUUUCUCUAUUAAUCAAACUUAUGAACCUAAAUACAAUAUUAUGACGUCCUUUUUUCGGGAAAAAUACCAAAAUCUUUACAUUAAAAAAUAUUAAGAUAGACUAGUACAAUAAAUUUUCGUGCCAAACUUCUGUACCUUAUCAAAACAUGUUCCAAAUCAUGUGCUCUAAAUAGAACUCAUUAUGAGCUAAGAAACGCACGUUCAUCAAUUUGUAUUUCCUUUUACAUUUUAAGCAUCGUGAAAAUACGCAAUGCUAGAAAGAAGUGUUUUUUUUUAUUGCGGAAUUUUUUUAUGUAACUUAUAUGUAUUAAAAACAGACAGUUUAAAUAUUUUUUUCAAUAAUUUCUUGUCCAAUCUCGUAUCAGUCUUAACAGUUUGCAAACUCUUCCAAUCAUUACAUUAAUUAUUUCGUCGCAAAAAAAGACUUAUUAAGUUUAGGAUAAGGCCGAACUUUUUCGAAAGACUAGAGCAACCACAAGGCUUCACAAAUUUGAGCUUAUUUAAGUCUGUAAGGUUUCCGUAUGGACGCACACGUCACCGUCGCGUAUAACGAUACACACUUUUGGAAACUUGAGUGAUACUUUUAUACUGCUAUAUAUCCUUUUCUUAAAUUUUUUAGCGCAAAUAAAUGAAAUCGAUAGAAUCGAGUUUUCUUUGUCUCCUCGAAUGUAUCUUCUCGAGUUUUUCUACGGAUGUCUUAAACAAAAUAUUGCAUGGCUUGUGAACUAGACUGAUAAUAAAUCUCUACGAGGAUGAUUAUCGUCAGUUGCGUUUCAUCAAAACAGAAAAACGAACAAGCAAAGGGCAAGCGCACUUCAAUCUAUAUCU